AUGCAUCAGGUGAACAGUAAACCCUCACACAAGAUGAGUUCAGUGCUUAAUGAGCUCCGCUUAAAUGGACACUUUUGUGACUUAAUCAUUAAAGUUGGAGAGACAGAAUUUCCGGCCCACAAACUCAUCCUUUCCAACUUCUCCCCAUACUUCCGGGCUCUUUUCACACAAUGGUCUGAGCCAGAUCAGAAGGUCUUUCACAUACCUGGCCUCUCUGCUGAUACUAUGCAGCUCCUCCUUGACUACGCAUACACCAGUUGUUUGUCUGUCACAGAGGAAAAUGUGCGGGAAGUUAUGCUAGCUGCCGAUCAGUUUAAUGCAAUGGAUGUCAUACAGUCCUGCUGUGACUUCCUUGAGAAGACGCUGAGCCCAAAAAACUGCAUCGGCAUCUGGCAAUUAACAAAAAUCUGCUUCCAGCUCACAUUGCACUCUAAGGCAUACAAAUAUAUCAUUGAGCACUUUGAGGAGGUUGUGGCCUACAGAGAGUUGCUCCAGCUCUCUGUGGAGGAGCUCAGUAUGGUCAUUGAAAAAGACGACCACAUUGUCAGAGAGGAAUUUGUUUGGGAGGCUGUCUUGAAGUGGAUUCGUCAUGCUCCACAAGACCGUCAGGGACACGUGGCUACUCUCUUAUCUAAGGUUCGACUGGCCCAGUUGGGUAGGGACUACAUCCAGGCCAAUCUGCUGACUAACGACUUAAUCAGAAGCAGUACUGACUGUAUGGCCAUUAUUACCAGUGCUAUUAAAAUUCCAUCAACCAUCGACGCAUACUGCGUACUUCCCUGUAGCCCCCUUUGCUGUCCUCGCCUGCCGAGUGUAAUCCUACUGGCUGUCGGGGGCUGGUAUGGUGGAGCUCCAACAAACAGCAUUGAGGCUUAUGAUGUCCGGGCUGACCGCUGGACCAAAGUGACAAACAAUCUAGAGAGUCCUCGUGCCUAUCACGGCACUGCCUUCCUCAAUGGAUAUGUGUACUGCAUUGGUGGCUUUGACAGAGCAGAGCAUUUCAACAGCGUGUGCAGGUUUGACCCCAGAACGCACACUUGGUCUGAGGUGUCACCCAUGUACUACCGCCGAUCCCAUGUGAGUGUGACCGUGCUUAAUGGAUGCAUAUAUGCAAUGGGAGGCUAUGAUGGACACACAAGACUCAACACCGCAGAAUACUAUCGACCUGAAAUCAACCAGUGGAGUAAUAUCGCGCCGAUGCAUGAGCAGCGGUACGACGCCAGUUGCACAGUCUUCCAUGACAGGAUUUACAUUUGUGGUGGAUUCAAUGGAUACGAGUACCUGCAAACAGCGGAGUACUACAGCCCAGAUACCAACCAAUGGACGAUAAUCUCCCCUAUGAACAGCCGGCGAGGUGGACCAGGAGUCUGUGCAUAUGCAGAUCGUGUCUACGUAGUUGGCGGAUUUGAUGGCAUCAACCAUCUGUGCACUGCUGAGGCCUAUAACACUCAAAAUGACACUUGGGAAAAUGUGCCCUCCAUGACCAUACCCCGCAGCAACUUUGGCAUUGAAGUAAUUGAAGACAAGCUCUUUGCUGUUGGAGGCUACAACGGCUUUACCUCUGUCUUUGAAGUCGAGUGCUACAACGCCAAAUUGGAUCAGUGGUCUGAGGCUGAUGACAUGAACAUUCUCCGCAAGGGUCUGAGCUGCUGUGUGCUGUCUGGACUCCCCAACAUGGCUGAGUACUCUAUGGGUUGUGACGCCGAGGAGGAAAUGGAGUCAGAAGACUCCUCCUGA